AUGCCUCCCAGGGUCAAGCUCUAUGUUGGAGCCCCUGAGUCAAGCUCCCUCAACUGGGAAGACGAGACUGGUUUGCUUCACACGUUCAGCGAACCAUUCGUUCGGUUUUCUCGACUUCAGCACAGCCCAGAUAUUAGCGCUGUCCCGAUAACUCCCGAUUUGCCUUCAACUUCGUCUCCGCACCCGGAAUGGAGAUCUCUCCCUCUCGAGCGCCAGCAUCUAGCCACAGGGUUAUCACAAGGCCAUGGCUGGCAAGCAGAAUCGCAAGGAGCCUCUUUCUUCGCUCUAUCGGAAAUCGACUCGUUCAUGGAAGACCUGUCUCAGAAAGCAUCACAGGGAAAUUUCAAUUCGAGCACCGAAUCUGUGGAGCAAAUCCUCUCCCAGUUUUACGAGGAAUCUUAUGCUAGGCAUGAGGAUAUUGUCUCUUCCCAAAUUGCCGCUGCCUCCGACUUUGGGACCUCAUUUACAACUGAUCAUAACUCCUUCAACACCACAGAAGCAUCGCUAGAAUUGUCGACUUCUUAUAUGCGGCAGGAUAUUCCAGCUUCUGGCCCUUUGAGUAACUUGAAGGACCUUCCAAAUGCCGCGUAUCUUCACUCGAUUCAGCCUCAAGUGAUGACCGUCAAUAUCAUUGUUGGUAUUAUCUCCCUUCCUCCACCCCGCCUCAUCAGGACUAGACGAGGGACAAAUGUUGAGCUCAUAGAGGCUCUUGUUGGUGACGGCACCAAGUCAGGGUUCGGAAUUAGUUUCUGGCUCCCAUCCUCGCCAUCAGCAGAUGGUGGCUUGAGAAGCUCCGUUGAGGCAUUAAGGCCUCAAGAUGUUGUUCUUAUGCGGAAUGUGGCAUUAAGCAGCUUCCGAGGGAGAGUAUAUGGACAAAGCUUAAGGAAGGGCUGGACAAAAGUACAUCUUUUGUACAGAAAUCGGGUAGACCAUACAGAUAUUGGGGGGUGCUACCGCUCAGCUGAUCUUAAACCUGGUGGCAUCGAGCACCCGCAAAUAGAAAAAACGAGGGCCGUGAGAGAAUGGGUCCUGAGAUUUGUUGGUGCCCCAAUUAGUCAGGGGAAGGGUAAAGUGCGAGUCCUCGACCGCUCAGAGAGCUUGCCUCCCGAUACCCAAUGA